AGCGAGGUGUUGAUCAGCUGUGGAAAAGAUGCCAGCAUCAGCUGCCACAUAUGAAAGAGUAGUGUGCAAAAAUUCUUCAGAGUACCACUACAUGAAAGUCUGCCUAGAAUUUCAAGAUCAAGGCAUUGGGCUAAGCGCUGCAGUGUUCAAACGGCUACUUAUUUCUGCUCUGAAGGACCUGUUCGGGGAGGUUGGUGCUGCCUUACCCCUGGAUGUCCUGACCUAUGAAGAAAAGACCUCAUCAGCCAUCUUGAGAGUGUGUAGCCGUGGUAUGGUCAAAUUGUGGAGCUCCUUGACCCUGCUAGGAUCCUACGAGGGCAAAAAGUGUGCUUUCAGAGUGACCCAGGUUUCUCUCUUUCUCCUUGCAUUAUCUGGUAAUAGUAGGGAUCUAGUACUGGAUUGAAUAGUCUUCAAUUUCAGAAACUUUUCCACUGCUCC